CGUCCACCCGCGCGCAGGUGAACGAGCCGGGGCGGAGCGCAGCGCAGCCGGUGCCAGGGCUCGGGCGCCCCGGGCCGCCGCUCCGAGCCGCGGGCCUCGACGCUUUUCCCCACCGAGGCCGAGGCGCCCCGGAGCCAUGGCCGGCCUGAACUUCGGGGUCGCAGGCGCACUGCUGGGCGUCCUGCUGCUGGGCGCGGCGCGCCUGCCGGCCGGAGCCGGUGCCUCUGAGAUCGCGCUGCGCCCAGGCAGUGGCAUCACACUGGUCAUCCAGCCGAGGACCCCGGCCCUGCCCGGGAAGCCCUGUUACAUCUUGACUUCCAAAAGACGCGACACCACACUGGCCAUCAGGUCUGGGGAAAGAGCAGCGUUUACCUUCAGCUGCCAGAACCCGGAGAGCCACUUUGUCAUGGAGAUCCAGAAGAGUGUGGACUGCGUGUCGGGCCCGUGUCCCUUUGGGGAGGUGCAGCUGGAGCCCUCGACGUCGGUGUUGCCCGCCCUCAACAGAACUUUCGUCUGGGACGUCAAGGCCCACAAGAGCAUCGGGCUGGAGCUGCACUUCUCUCGUCCCCGCCUGAGGCAGAUCGGCCCUGGCGAAGCUUGCCCGGACGGCGUCACUCACUCCAUCAGCGGCCGCAUCAACACGGCUGAGGUCAAGAUCGGAACCUUCUGCAGCAAUGGCACCGUGUCCCGGAUCAAGAUGCAAGAGGGGGUGAAGGUGGCCUUGCACCUGCCGUGGUUCCACCCCAGAAACUUCUCGGGCUUCAGCAUUGCAAACCACACGGCUAUAAAACGUCUGUGCAUCGUCGAGUGCGUGUUCGAGGGUGAGGGCACGGCCACCCUGAUGUCGGCCAACUACCCGGAAGGUUUUCCCGAGGACGAGCUCAUGACGUGGCAGUUCCUGGUCCCCCCGCACAUGCGGUCCAGCGUCUCCUUCCUCAGCUUCAACGUCUCCAACUGUGAGAAGAAGGAGGAGCGGGUGGAGUACUACAUCCCGGGCUCCACCACCAACCCCGAGGUGUUCAAGCUGGAGGACCAGCAGCCCGGGAACAUGGCCGGGACCUUCAACCUCUCCCUGCAGGGCUGCGACCAAGAUGCCCAAAGUCCAGGGAUCCUGCGGCUGCGGUUCCAGGUUCUGGUCCAGCAUCCACAGACCGAGAGCAAUAAGACCUACGUGGUUGACUUGAGUAACGAGCAGACCAUGUCAUUGACCAUCGAGCCACGGCCUGUCAAACAUGGCCGCAAGUUUGUCCCUGGCUGCUUCGUGUGCCUGGAAUCGCGGACCUGCAGUGCCAACGUCACCCUGACACCUGGCUCCAAACACAGGAUCUCAUUCCUGUGUGACAACCUGACCCGCCUGUGGAUGAAUGCCGAGAAAACGCUAAGCUGCCUGGACCCCCGCUACUGCCAGAGGAAGUCCUACCGCCUGCAGGUGCCCAGCGACAUCCUCCAGCUGCCCGUGCAGCUGCAUGACUUCUCCUGGAAGCUGCUGGUGCCCAAGGACAGGCUCAGCCUGGCGCUGGUGCCGGCGCAGAAGCUGCAGCAGCACACGCACGAGAGGGCCUGCAGCACCAGCUUCAGCUACCUGCUGGCCAGCGCCGUGCCGGGCCAGGACCUGUACUUCGGCUCCUUCUGCCCCGGAGGCGCCAUCGAGCACAUCCAGGUGAAGCAGAACGUGUCGGUGACCCUGCGCACCUUCUCACCCGGCUUCCAGAAGGACGCCUCCAGGCAGGUGCUGAACGUGUCCUUCAUCCCCUUCUUCAAAGAGGAAAGCAUUUUCACCGUGACCCCAGACGCGAAAAGCAAGGUCUACCUGAGGACCCCUAACUGGGACCGGGGCCUGCCGUCCCUCUCCUCGGUGUCCUGGAACAUCAGCGUGCCCAGCAACCAGGUGGCCUGCCUGACCCUCGUCAAGGAGCGGAUGGGCGUGGUGUGCCAGACCGGCCGCGCGUUCAUGAUCAUCCAGGAGCAGCAGACCCGGGCCAAGGAGAUCUUCAGCCUGGAGGAGGUGCUGCCCGAGCCACGCGUCCGCCGCCGCAGCUUCUGGGUCAACGUCUCCAACUGCAGCCCCGCCAGCGGCAAGCAGCUGGACCUACUCUUCUGGGUCGCGCUCACCCCGAGGACUAUGGACCUCACGACCGUCAUCAGCGCAGCGGUGGUAGGUGGCGCCUUCCUGCUGUUGGCCCUCGGACUCAUCAUCUGCUUUGUGAAAAGGAAGAAGAAGAAGAACAAGGGCCUUGCUGUGGGCGUCUACAAUGGCAACGCUAACACCCAGAUGCCAAGGCUGCCCAAGUUUCAGAAGGAGCGGAAGGACAACGACUCGCACGUGUACGCCGUCAUCGACGACACCAUGGUGUACGGACAUCUGCUGCAGGAUGCUAGCGGGUCCUUCCUGCAGCCCGAGGUGGACACCUACCGACCCUUCCAGGGGCUCAUGGGGGACUGCCCUCCCCCCACACCUGCUGUGUGCUCCAGGACCCCGACCUCAAAGUUGGCCUCAGACUAUCCACCUCCUCCCAUGCCCUCUGAGUCCGAAGGUGAACCCUACACCUUCUCCCAGCCCACGAAGGAGGCUGUGGGCAGCGGGCACGCAGACAUUCCCUUGCUGGACACCCAGGGCCCCACAGAGCUGGUGGAGUGAUUCAGACCCAUCCGGGGCUUCGCGUGGAUGCGUAGUGCAGGGCACGGAGACUCCCUGUGGUGAUCCUCACCAGGAAUCCUGAGGAAGAACGGGAAUUCUGUGGGAGGAGCAGCAGGCUUCCCUGGACACCACCCCCUUCUGCAGUGACGAGACGCUGCGAACAGUGAAUUCCAAUCUGUCCGGUUGUCAUGAGACACGUCCUCAACUCAGGCUGGACUAUAAACCAGCCAGCAGAGAGGAGAGAGGCGCGGGCCGUCGGCACAGGGUUGCCCGGAGCCCUGGACUUGGCAGUGGUGGACAGGGGCGGCAGACCUGCUGCUAGGAGCCCACUCAGUCCCUUUGUGUGAUGAUUUAUUCGGUGGUCCUGUGUGUUAAGAGGUCAACUAUACGACCAGGCAGCUUUUUUUUUACCUGACUUGCCACAGCUUAGGCUCUCUGAUUUGAAUGGCUGGGUUUUGAGUGUUGCUGACCACUGGGUAAACAAGUCCCCUUCCCCCUGGGAGGGGGAUACUCUGCAUUCUCUCCAACCAGAAAAGGGUGUGUGUGCGCGUGUGUCCUGUGUGUGGAAGGUGGCUCUGUGGCGUGCUUCUUGCAUGCGUGCAGUCCUGAAGCAUGUCUACUUUGAUCAGAGCCUCCUUCUCACACUGUGCAGGUGGUCGUCCCCUAUUGCAAAAACCAGACUCAUUUUGCUCCCCAUUUUCCUUUCAUCCUAGAAAUAGGAGAAAUUUCCUUGAGUUGCCGUGUGUGGCCGUCCCUGCUGUAGCAGUACUUUGUAACUUGAGUAUUUCCAUGCUCUGCAAAUGUUAACUCUACCCCCCCCGGGAGGGGGGGCCACCUGCGCACCACAGCGCGUGACUUGAUGGCAUAAGAAGAGUAUUACUGUCUUGCAGUUCUAGGGAGCAGAAUCCCAACACGGGUCUGAGCUGAGCUGCCCGGAAGGCCCCGUCAGGUUGGGAUCUUUGGGGUGUCACAGUUCUGCCCUCCACGCCUUCCUGCCACUGGUGCCUGCUGCAGACUGCAACAUGAUCCAGCCCACAUGGCUGUUUUGGUUCGCCCAGAGCAUCCUUUUUUUACAUCAAAUUUUAAGACUGUAAAAAUUUUACAUAAAAAUGGAGAUGGGGGAUCUGGGUGUGUUGGGGCUCACGUGGAACUGAGCAGCAGCUUUGCCCUUGGGUGGGCACCCAGUGCACCACAGUCCCCACUGCUCCCUGUUGCUGCCCACCACGAGGCUGAGUGUUUGCUGUCACAGCUCAGUGCCCUGCAGGGUUGCUUUGCUCGCGGUGAGAAGGAAGGGCUGAGACCCCUAGCUGAGGAGACAGACCUCGAAGCCGGCAUGUAGUGUCCUACGGUCCCUCACUAUGCUACCAGCCAGCUCCUGUGUGGACAGUGGCCUCUGUGGUCCCUGAUGUCUUCUGGGACGAGAGGGGCUAGGUGGUGGCUUCUUAGCACCGUCCAAGGUUCAGUCUGUCAGGCAAAAACCUCCUUCCAAACAAACGCAUUAUGCAGCGCCUCGAUGUUCCCACAGCCUUGGCAGAGGAGCCUGUGUCCUGCGAGGUCUCCCGAGCUCUCUGCAGGUGGAGCGGGGGUGGAGUGCCCUCAGUGCUACCUGUGGCACCCUCCCUCCGGAAAGGCUGGCUCCUGCCCACUUACCCUUGGCCCCUUGACCCGGGGUGCUGGGUAGCUCCCUCCACGGGGGGCCAGAGGACGGUGGCUUCCUCCUGUCAGCUGAAGGAACCUUGUCUGGAGGCAUGCGCUGAGCCCUGGCUCUCCACCGUCUGCCUUCCCUCGCCUGCUGGCCUCUCUGAGCACCUCUUUGCGCUUUGCGUCGCUCCCAGGGCACGGGUGGCCACCUGGGGGCUCGCUGCCCAUCACACACCUCCCUGCCGCUUGCACAUGGCUGCGAGGUUGGCUCCCGGAAACCUCAGGUGGGCCUCGGGUUCUGAGAAGCUGUGUGCCAGCACAGUGCCUACGCACACCGGGCCAGCGGGUGCCCAGGCAGCCCUCAUGCCCGUCUGCCCCGCCCGUGAGGACGGCCAGCUCCUCCGGGCCUCACUGCAGAGGCUCUGCCUCGAGUCCGCAGGGACAAGCCCAAGUCCAUCAGACAGAACCUUGGUAAAGCUUCAGAGACUCGUGUGUGCGGAUCUGUAAUGCUUAACUGGAAAUAAUUUAUUCAUUGUAGAUUCUUUUAGCAUUUUAUUCAUUUCCUGUAAUUUUUAAAAUAAAGAUUUACAGAAAGUC